GCCCUGUCCCUGUCUGUGUGUCUGGACAUCAUUACCAACCUUUACAAUCGACCUCGGUUAUGGCGAUGCAUACCCAUACCAACAACGCCAACUUUAGCGUCCGUUGUGUUAUUUUCUUGUCCUUUUGAUCAAUUUCUUGUUGGUUUCGUUCUGUGUCAGGAAGCAAUGUUGGUGCCGCCAUGGCUGGAACCACUGUUAUCGACCACAUUUUUCACGAUAUGCCAAUCCCAUAUCAGCUUACCCAGAAACGAGUGCAACAUGUUCUGCAUCGAUUGCAGUCACCGAUCAGCCUUUUGCUUUUAUUGCAAGUCGAUUUGGCACCAACACCAUCGAGUAAUUCAGAUAAGGAGGUCUUCGUAUCACGAUGUUGUCAGAGUGUCAGAGAUUGACAAGGUUUUGGACAUAAGUGGAGUUCAGACAUACGUGAUUAACAGUGCCAAGGUCAUUUUUCUGAACGAGAGACCUCAACCUAAAACCAAUUAUGGCGGUAAAAGCAGUUCACAUUUAUGCAGAAUAUGCAGGAGAAGUCUUCUGGACCCUUUUUGCUUCUGUUCUUUGGGAUGUAAGCUUGUAGGAAUAAAGAAGAACAAGGAGAGGAAUAAGAAGUUGGGGUCAACAGGAAAGAGAGGGGAAGAAGAGAGAAGAACAUUGGGACCAUCAAAGGAAGAUGAUGAGUUUGGGGAAGGAAAUGAGAUCAGCGGCAAGCAAAGAGACAGGCUGCCUCCGCUGCAGCAAGCUUACUCAAAUUCAAGGAGAAGAAAAGGAAUACAUCAGAGGGCACCAUUAGGGCCAUGAAGAAAUUUAGAUAUUUAAAUUUGCUUUCUUUAACUUAUAAUUUUGACGUUACAGAUAUAUAUAUGCUUGAAGCUUCAUCCUAGCUUCUGAAUUGGUCCGAGUAUGAAGGAAAUAAUAAUAUAUACAUUCAGCUCAUUGGUUGAGAUCCCCCAUGUGGGCAAAAAAGUCAAGAGCUUAGGUACGUGACUUUUGAGCAUAUGAUGCAAUGGCCUGGCCGUGGCUGCAGAUUGAUACAUAAUGCAGUUGCUUUACAAUUGCAUUAUGAUUUGUGAGCAUGGGUGCUAGGUGUAAAUAUACCCUCCCAAUUUCCUUUCCAUAUUUGUGAACAUGUGACUGCAAGCGUUCUGGGAACAUUUGCUUAUCUGUUCUCGUGCUUUCAUUAUCCUUUUUGUCUUCUAUAUCUGGCUUACACAUGUUACCGUUCUUGCCU